UGAUUGAAGUGUUGAAGCCUGAAUAAUUGGUCCAAAGUCCAAACUGAAGACCUUCAAUCUCAGUCGUGGAAUACUAUAUUGCAAGAUAAAGGUUUGAGUAUUAAGGAUUCGAUUCCAGAGGCAAAUGUUGUCGGUUCUGGUGUGUCCAUCUCAUGAGUUGGCCACACCCUUUCAGUGCCUUCACUUCCCAAACACAGAUUAUAGCCUGAAAUGUUCACCGAAACUGCAAUUGGGAAGCACUCCCUCCCAACGCAACCCUUUCAAGUGCUUUUGCAAUAGGAAAGAACACGUCACACCCUUUUCUCAGGGAUUCUCAGAGUUGCAAGAGGAUGAUAGUCCAUGGGAGAGUGGGAACGUGUGGAGCAAUCUUGCACUCUAUUUAUUCACUCUGCAUAUCCCUUUUAGCUUUGGAGGCUUAUCCGUGGUUGCUCUAUUUAAUGGACAACCUGUUCUUGACCCACAAACUGAGGCCUUAUCACUUCUCACCAUUCAAAUUCUCGAGUUUGGUGGGGCUCUAGUUUUAUUGAAGUACACAGCUAAGCCACAAUACAAGUUUUCAAAUUUCUCCAGAAAGAACAAAUUAUUGAGCAACAGGAACUGGUUUUUGUCAUCAGCUGUGGGAUUUGGGUUUCUUGUUCUGUUAAUUUUCCUAACAUCUCUACUUGCUGACAGAUUAUUUGGCUCCAAGCCUGUGAACAACCCCAUACUGAAGGACAUGCUCCUAAACAGUGACAUCUCAAGAUUGUCUUGUGUGCUUGCUUAUUGCAUUGUCACUCCCCUUUUGGAAGAAGUUGUUUAUAGGGGAUUUCUUUUGACCUCACUUUCUUCUACCUUGGAGUGGCAGCAAGCUGUUGCCAUAAGCUCAGUUGUAUUCAGUGCAAUUCACUUCUCUGGUGAGAACUUUCUACAAUUGUUCAUCAUUGGAUGUGUUCUUGGAUGCUCCUAUUGCUGGUCUGGGAAUUUGAGUUCCUCCAUUGCUAUACAUUCCUUGUACAAUGCUUUGACCUUAGUAAUAACUUAUUUUUAUUAAAUUGUAUUUAAAAACUUUGGUAUUAAAAAAUUACAUGAGUCUUUUUUCUCUGUGAAUAAAAAUUACAUUAGUCUAAUUAUUCAA